AUGGCUUUUUCAAUAACUAGGCUUCACAUAUCCCCACAAAGCAUAGAUCAUUUUAGUUUCGAAGAACACCAAAGAAUUAGAUCAUCACUUGGAAGGGGUUUUUUGAGGUCUGGAUUUGGGGUACACAAGAAAAGUUAUGGGUUGUGUGUGCAGCAGUGCAGGUCUUUUAAGACUAAGGAUGAUGGGGGAGUGGAGGAGAAACAGAAGGAGAAGUAUGAAAUUUUGAAGGAAAACCACAGCAAGUUGAAGAAGGGAAGUGGGUUUUGGAGUUCUUUGAAAAAGGCAGUUUCUGGGGUUGGUAGUUUGGGUUCUCAGUCAGACGAGGAGCAUAGUAUGGCAGUUGCUAAAUUGGAGGAGGUGUUUUCUUUGGCUGCCCUCCAAAUUGGAAGAUAUAUAGUGACCAUGAUGAGCACUGGAGUAGUACUUGCAGUUGGUUUUCAGUUGUCAGGUGGAGACAGUCAGAUGAACACUCUGAUUUGGUAUAGCUGGCUUGGAGGGAUUAUUAUUGGAACUAUGAUAGGUGCUAACAUGGUUUUAGAUGAACACUGUCGAGCUGGUCCACGUAAUGUUGUCAUAACUGGAAGUACAAGGGGCCUGGGAAAAGCUCUUGCUCGAGAAUUUCUUCUUUCUGGCGAUCAUGUCGUCGUUGCUUCACGCAGCCCUGAGUCUGUAGAUAAGACAAUUAGAGAGCUUGAGGAGAAUCUCCAGGAAGGAAUGAUCAGUAGUUCAACCAGGACAAGGUUGGCACAUGCAAAAGUGGUCGGCAUGGCUUGUGAUGUUUGUGAACCUUCUGACGUGCAGAAAUUAGCAAAUUUUGCUGUCAAUGAAUUUGGUUCUAUUGAUAUAUGGAUAAACAAUGCUGGCGCAAAUAAAGGUUUCAGACCCUUGUUGCAGUUUACUGAUGAAGAUAUUAAACAGAUUGUGUCAACAAAUUUGGUUGGAUCUAUUCUGUGCACUCAAGAAGCCAUGCGAGUGAUGAUGAACCAGCCCAAGGGCGGACACAUUUUCAACAUGGAUGGUGCAGGUUCUGGGGGAUCUAGUACCCCUCUCACAGCUGUCUAUGGGUCAACAAAGUGUGGUCUUAGGCAGCUUCAAGCAUCACUUUUGAAGGAGUGUAAGCGGUCUAAAGUUGGAGUACAUACAGCAUCUCCAGGAAUGGUUCUUACAGAGUUGCUCUUGAGUGGCUCAACACUUAAGAACAAACAAAUGUUUAAUAUCAUCUGUGAGCUUCCAGAAACAGUUGCAAGAACUUUAGUUCCAAGGAUGAGGGUUGUGAAGGGUACAGGGAAGGCCAUCAAUUACUUGACCCCUCCUAGGAUAUUACUUGCUUUGGUCACUGCAUGGUUGAGACGAGGUCGCUGGUUUGAUGACCAGGGAAGGGCACUGUAUGCAGCAGAGGCAGAUCGACUCCGUAACUGGGCUGAAAACCGUGCUCGGUUUUCCUUUACAGAUGCAAUGGAGAUGUACACCGAAAAUACUUGGCACAGGCAGCACAUUUCCUGGGACCUGAUUCCUUGCAUUCCAUAUGAAGCAUCAGCAGUCAGCACUGCACUCAUCUCAAUGAUCUCAGUGGAGGAGCCUACCAAAGCUUUCGCAGCUCGAAGAGGAAACGUGAAGCAUGAGCCAAGAUGA